AUGCAAUCUUUGGAGUUCAAAUCCAAUAAUUAUGGUGUCCCAUCAAGUUCUCAACUGGGGCUCCAGUGGAAUCUCCAGGACUGCAGCUCCUACCCAGGAGGCGGCUUGUUCGCGUCCGUGAGCCAAAUGGGGAGCAAUGAAAACGGCGGCUUUAAAUUACCGUGCGCGGACUUGCUCGUGAAAUGCGUUUCGCUGCCCGAGGGCUUCAACAGUAUAGGUACGACGUCUGAGGAGGAGAAGGGGCUAGCGGGUGAGAAGAGGAAAAACGGGUUCAGGAUCAAGAUUAAGAUUUCAAAUCCUUCGUUGAGGAGGUUGAUAAGCGGGGGUAUAGCUGGGGCCGUCUCGAGAACCGCUGUAGCCCCACUGGAGACAAUCAGGACUCAUUUAAUGGUGGGAAGCAGCGGACACUCGACAAUGGAGGUUUUUCGUGAUAUCAUGAAUACGGAAGGUUGGCCCGGGUUGUUCAGGGGAAAUUUCGUGAAUGUGAUUCGAGUUGCGCCUAGCAAAGCCAUUGAGUUGUUUGUUUACGACACGGUGAACAAGAACUUGUCACCAAAAGCCGGUGAAUCCCCCAAAUUACCAUUCCCUCCCUCAUUGAUUGCCGGAGCCUGCGCUGGAGUGAGCUCAACUCUCGUUACAUACCCUCUCGAGUUAGUCAAGACUAGAUUGACCAUACAGAGAAAUGUCUACAAUGGCUUGCUCGAUGCCUUUGUGAAAAUUCUGCAAGAAGGUGGGCCCCGGGAGCUCUACAGGGGCCUCGCCCCGAGUCUGAUAGGCGUAAUCCCUUAUGCAGCCACAAACUACUGUGCAUAUGACACGCUGCGAAAAGUAUACCGAAAAGUGUUCAAACAGGAAAAGAUCGGCAACAUAGAGACCCUCUUGAUUGGGUCGGCUGCUGGGGCCAUCUCGAGCUCGGCAACUUUUCCGCUAGAGGUGGCCCGCAAGCACAUGCAGGUGGGGGCUGUUAGCGGGCGCCAGGUGUACAACAAUGUGCUUCAUGCGCUUGCGAGUAUACUCGAGCGGGAAGGGCUGGGCGGACUGUACAAGGGGCUUGGACCGAGUUGCCUGAAGUUGGUGCCGGCAGCCGGGAUCUCGUUCAUGUGUUACGAGGCCAUGAAGAGGGUUUUGGUAGAGAAAGAUAAUGAUGAAGAAUAA